AUGGAUGACGAGGGGGAAAUGUGGACAGAACUACCGAAAUUUAGCGAGGGAUAUAUGAGUGGUGUAAGAGAUUUUAUUCGAAAUGCGUUUUCUAGAUUUAGCAUAGGGGAUGAAAUUACUUGUCCUUGCAAAAAUUGUAAGAAUUACAAGUGGCGUCGUCAAGAUACAAUAUAUGACCAUCUCGUCUACAAUGGUCCGUGUCCAAUGUAUGCGAAAUGGAUGUUUGAGAUUUCUCGCCAACAUCUCGGUAUGAAUGAAGAUAUGGAUGACACUGGUACAAAUGUUGGAGACAAUCUUGAUGAGUUAUUUCACCGGACAGUUGGAAAUAUGCAAAACCUUGAAGAUAAGCAGUCUGAUGGACCAAGUGUCCAUGCUGAGAAAUUGUACCGUCGGUUUGAAGAGGGUAAACAACCAUUAUAUCCUGGUUGUACCAAAUUUACGAGCUUAAGUUUUAUCAUCAGGUUGUAUUCUUUGAAAUGCGUACAUGGAAUCACCGAAUCUGGGUUCGGGGAUCUCUUAGAGUUAAUACGAGAGGCUUUCCCACAAGCACGUGUACCUUUAUCUUUUAAUGCUGCAAAAGCUAUCAUUAAAGAUUUAGGUCUCGAUUACCAAAGGAUACACGCCUGCCCAAACGAUUGUAUGAUCUACUGGGGGGUAAAUGAAAAGGAAGAUGCUUGCAGAACUUGUGGCGUUUCAAGGUGGAUUAUAGUGGAAAAGAAAGGGGCUGGUGAAAAUAAUUUGGAGAAGGUAAUCAGUAAAGUACCAGCCAAGGUGAUGCGCUACUUUCCAUUAAAACCUAGGCUGCAAAGAAUGUUCAUGUCCAAGGAGUAUUCAGAGCUUAUGAUAUGGCAUGCUGUGGGACGAAAAACUGACGGAAAACUGAGACAUCCAGCUGAUGCCGAGGCGUGGAAGACAUUGGAUGCAAAGUAUCCAAUGUUUUCAUCUGAAAAGAGAAAUAUUAGAUUAGGUGUAGCAGCAGAUGGGUUUAGUCCUUUUCGUACCAUGAACACACUUCAUAGCACAUGGCCAAUUGUUUUGGUCAACUACAAUCUUCCACCUUGGUUGUGCAUGAAGACGGAAAAUCUGAUACUUUCAACAAUUAUCCCCGGUCCAGAGUCUCCGAAGAACAGCAUUGAUAUAUAUAUGCAGCCUCUUAUCUCAGAGUUGAAAGAAUUAUGGGAGCUAGGCACACAAACUUAUGAUGCCUUCACGGAUCAAAGUUUUAAUUUGCGUGCAACUGUUUUAUGGACCAUAAGUGAUUUUCCGGGAUAUGCGAUGCUAUCCGGAUGGAGCACAAAGGGUAAGUUGGCCUGUCCUGUAUGCCACUAUGAGACGUCUUCCAUGUACCUCAAAAAUAGUAAAAAAAUGUGCUAUAUGAGUCAUAGAAAAUUUUUGGAUGUUGAUCACAAAUGGAGGUUUGAUAAAAAGAGGUUCAAUGGUGAAAUUGAAUUGGGAACAUGUCCAGAUCCAUUAACAGGGACUGAAAUCAUGGAAUUAUUAGCAGGAUUUGAGAACAGAUUUGGGAAGAAUAAUGUCAAGAAGGUAAAAACUGAUUCCCCUUUCAAAAAAAAAUCAAUAUUUUUCGAGUUACCAUAUUGGAGUCACAAUUUAUGUCGACAUAACCUAGAUGUUAUGCACAUAGAAAAAAAUAUAUGUGACAAAAUAAUUGGUACUCUGUUAAAUAUUGGAGGGAAAUCUAAAGACCACUUGAAUGCUCGAAAGGAUCUACAAGAAAUGGGAAUCAGGAAGGUGCUUCAUCCAGUUUUGUCAGCUGAUGGGAAACACAUUGAGUUCAAGGCUGCCAUAUUUGAUAUGACGAACAGAGAAAAAGAUUUAUUCUGCUCAGUGUUGCAGAAUGCUAAACUCCCCUACGGUUGUGCAGCUAACGUCAGGCGGUACGUGAGCAUGGAUGAAAGAAAAGUAAUGGGGUAUAAGAGCCACGAUGCUCAUUUUAUACUUCAUUAUUUAUUGCAAUUUGCAGUGAAGAAGGCAUUGAAACCCGAGGUGGCAUUACCUUUGAUAAGAUUUGGUAGAUUUCUAAGAGAUAUUUGGAGCAAAGCUAUUGAUCUGGAUGAGCUCAGGAGACUACAAAAUGAAAUUGCAGAAGUCCUGUGCCAAUUUGAGAUGAUUUUUUCGCUUGCUUUCUUCGAUAUAAUGGUGCAUCUACCGGUUCAUUUAUGCAAGGAAAUUGAAUGGGGAGGACCGGCAGAUAUUAGAUGCAUGUAUUCUAUCGAGCGUUAUUUAUGUAAACUGAAGUCAUAUGUUCGCAGCAAGAGUAAACCCGAGGCAUCUAUUGCCGAAGGUUAUCUCGUAGAGGAGUGUUUGAUUUUUUGUUCAAGAUUUUUAGGCUAUGAAGGCGCAGGGAAAAUUACCACAAGUUCUGCUAAAUUUGAGAGUUCUCCCCAAAAGAUGGAGUAUCCGAUUGGUACAAGAAGAAAUAAGGAAGGAAAAGCUGUUCAUCUUAAAGAUUCCCAAUGGCAGACAUGCCAUCGGGAACAUCGAGCAAUAAUUGAUACUCAUGCAACAUCAAAAAGAUAUAAAAGAGAAAGAGAGCAUACUGAAGAAUUCUGGAAGUGGUUGAAGGCAGAGUUUGAGAAAAAAGAAGGCAUUUCAAAACAGAUAGAAGUUUUUGCCAUGGGCCCUAAUCCAAUAGCUAGGAGGUUUACUGGAUACGUUAUAAAUGGAUACCGAUACCAUACGAAGUUUAGAGAUAGCAAGUGCACAACACAAAAUAGUGGUGUGUUUCUUACUGCCCUGACUACUAGCUUCGCGAGUUCAAAAGACGAGAAUCCUAUCACAAGUGAAGUCAGUUAUUAUGGAGCCGUCGAAGAUAUACUAGAAAUUGAUUAUUAUGGAGAAUUUUCAGUUGUUUUAUUCAAGUGUUGUUGGUACCAUGAUGAGAAAGAAUUGUAUGGCUUGACUAGGGUUAAUUUUAAUCGAUUGCGCCACAAAUCUGAUCCCUAUGUUAUGGCUUCACAGGUACAACAAGUGUUUUAUAUAGAAGAUCCGGUUGAGAAGGGGUACUACAAUGUUAUCAAGAAAUUACCAAGGGACUGGUCUGACAACGAAAAUGUAGAUGAAACUCCAAAAGAUCCAAUUUCAGAAGAUAUUCUUCAUGGUUAUGGAUUAGGAAAUCAAGUUACUGGUGUUAAUUGGUGUAGGGAAGAUGUACCAGUUAGGAAAGUCCGCAUUCCACCUAGGGAACCUGCCUCAUAA